AUGUCGAAUCUCAUCAAUAAGGCUAAGGAUGCUUUGUCUGGCAACAAAAGCCAUGACACCACCGCAACCCACACGUCUUCUGCAUAUGGCACUACUGGAACUGGCACCACGGGAGUUGGCCCUCAUGACACUGUCACUGCCAACCGCAUGGAUCCCACCGUCGACAGCCGCACCGGGACGUCCACGGGCGCCGCUGGGCCACACACGUCUAACCUCGCCAAUAAGCUCGACCCCCGUGUAGACUCUGACAGAGAUCACCGUGCCAAUCCACACAGCGCAGCUGGAGGAUAUGGCAAUUCGGGCUAUGGUACAACAUCGACUACUACACCACACAGCACAGCUGGAGGUUAUGGCAAUCCAGGUCAUACAACAACGACCACCGCUGGCCCUCACUCGUCCAAUGUUGCCAACAAACUUGAUCCUCGCGUGGACAGCGAUGUCGAUCACCGUGCCAAUCCACACAGCGCAGCUGGAGGAUACGGCAAUCCGGGACAUGGAACAACAUCAACUACCACACCACAUAGUGUCGUCGGGGGUCAUAGCAGUUCAGCUCACGCAGCAACAACCACCACCGCUGGCCCUCACUCGUCCAAUCUUACCAACAAACUUGAUCCUCGCGUCGACAGCGAUGUCGAUCACCGCGCCAACCCUCACAGUACGGUUGGAGGUCAUGGCAGUUCAGGAUACGGAACGACAGCAACCACUACGGCUGGUCCUCAUUCUUCCAACGUCGCAAACAAGCUUGACCCUCGUGUCGACAGCGACGCCGAUCACCGCAACAACCCUGCUAGCCACGUUGGCGGCUAUGGAGAGUCCCAAGGCACUUAUGGCGGUGCUGGUGUGUCUUCAACCUCUGGAUAUGGCACGACCGGACAUACAGGAGGAGUGACAGGUACCACGGGCACUACCGGUCAUGGAACAACUGCUGGUACACACUCUGCACCCGUGCACGACAGCAAGCUCCUCAAUAAGUUGGAUCCUCGCGUGAAGACCGGCGGUGGAUAUUGA